UGCUCCACAACACAUUCCAUGCGCACACACAGUCACACACACACCACGUGAAGAUAUCAGUAUCAUUCAAAUCGAACUAACUUCGAAUCCUAUUUAAUUUUGAAGAGGAAUUAAGAAAUGGAUCUUUUUGAAAUUGACACUGAGGGAAGCGAAUUCUCACAAAACGAGGACAGACUGGUCAUCGACACCAGCUUUGAAGCGUCAGAGAAUGGCGAAGUUGAUCAAGAUGAUCAAAACAAAGGUGAUGACAGUACUUCAGAGGUUGUCAGGCAUGAUGAUGGCGACGACGAUUCAUCCGAUGAAGAAGAGUCGGUAAAAGUUGGAAGUAGACUGAAACUUUUUUCUGAAGGAGCUAAGAAUACAGCUAAAGCUAGUCAUAAGAAAAAUGACUUCUGUGAUGGGUACCUCAACUUUGAUAUGGACGCCUUUGGUGAGUCAAGCGCCACUGUUACCCUUCAAAAGGAAAGACUGAAUGCCGUGGACGAGCUUCUUGCUACUAAGAGCAUAGCACACCAGCCUGGCUUCAAUCAGCUGCACUGUCUGCCACAUAGCGACCUUUCAAAGAAGAAGGCUCGUCAGUUGCGAAAGAUCGAGCGAGAAAAAACAAAAGGUGACCAGUGGUUCAACAUGCCAGCGACUGAGGUCACCGAGGAAGUCAGGCGAGACUUGGAAGUGCUGCAAAUGCGCUCUGUGUUGGAUCCCAAGACUUUUUACAAGAAGAACGACCUUAAAGUUCUUCCUAAAUACUUCCAGGUUGGCCGCAUUGUCGAUAAUGCAGCUGAUUUCUAUCACUCUCGCAUUCCAAAGAAAGAGCGAAAGAGAACCAUGGUCGAUGAGUUGCUAGCUGAUGCCGAAUUCCAACACAAAAGCAAACAAAAAUACAAGGAAAUCGUGGCAGAGAAGCAACAGUAUAACUCAAGGGCUCACAAACAUUCAAAGCGUUUAAAGAGGAAGAAGUGAUGGAAGUAAUAAAGACAAGUUUCCUAUUUAUUUAACACUGAAA